UUGACUAUGAGGAGGUUAUUUCCAAGAUUUGAGGGCUGUUGGGAUAUGCAGAUAAGCGAAGCUACCUCUCGGAGGGAGACAGAGACCAGCAAGCUCCUCAGCAAACAAGAGCUCACUUCUCCCUCCAGUAAUUUUACAAAUUUUAAAAGUUUCCGACCAGUUUACAUCGAGGAAAAAAGAGCAGCACAUCGAUCGCACAGUAAGGAAAGUUGGACGUCAUUUGAAAAUCGUGACGGAGCCUGAACCGCAAAAUUUGGCGAGGGAACUAUUCUUCGUAUAAUAUACGGCAGAUUCUAAAAUUUUAAGGAGCCGUUGAGAAAAGGAUCGGGAGAAUUUCCGAGCAGAACGAGAUGGAGAUCAACCAAACGCACCAGAAAUUCAUCGAACGACCCAAAGCGCUCUUCUCCCCAACAGAGAAUGUGGACCGUUUUCAAAGAAUGAACGACUUCCUACUCACUCCGUCCAACCACGGCCAACAUCACGUGACGAUAACCACGUGCAGUCCUCAGAUAACAGCAGGUCAUCACAAGCCAAUAAAUUACCGCAAAUUUGCAGAAAGCGGGGUCGUCACGUGGUGGAGAAAGUCUUCCCAUGCAAAAUCUGCCUUUGUCCCUUCGCCAACAGAACCAGUGCUCGCCUCCACGCCCGCACCCACCUCAACCCCCACGAGCAGUCGUCAGUUUUCCAUGAGAAGUGCCCCCACUGCCAAAAAGUAUUCUUCACUCGUCACCACUUUACCGACCACGUGAACGCGCACGAAGGUCGGAAGAACCACGCCUGCCCCGUUUGCAAACAGAUGUUCACCCGCAAAGCAAAUUUGACCACGCACCUCUUCGACCACUUGAGCGGCGAGGAGCGCGCGGAGGUGCGACAGGGCUGGCGACAUGGCUGCUACUUCUGCACCAAACAUUUCAAAAGUUUAUCCUAUCUCAGUUGUCAUCUUGUGGUCCACACGAAGGAAAAAGUGGGCGGAAGAUGUCACGUGUGUCGAAAAACGUUCUCCUCCAAACUAGGCAUGACGAAUCAUUGGUUCGCCCAUCUCUCCGAAGACGAGAAGGUCGUCCUCGUGAAGCAGGGGUCGAGUCGCGAGUGCCUAUUCUGCCAGAAGAAAUUCCCCGACAACGCCACUUAUCAUGCUCACCUGGUCUCCCACACGAAAGAAAAACCGUUCCGCUGCGACCAGUGUGGGGCGCUGUUCGGGCGUAAUGGUGACUUAAAAUUGCACGCGCGCAUUCACACUUCCAACCCGAAACCGUUCAAUUGCGACGAGUGUGACCUGGCUUUCAGUCAAAAACCACAUCUGGCCAGGCACAAGAAGACAGUGCACCGGAAGCUGAAGGACUGCGCGUGCCCCGAGUGCGGCAAGAAGUUUGGGACGAAAAGUAACAUGGUGCAACAUGUGGACAGUGUUCAUGCCAAAAGGAGACACCCCUGCCCCCACCACUGCGGGAGGACGUUCGCGAAUAUAUCCAAUCUUGGGAGACACUUGAGGAAGAUUCAUCCCCCAGAAUGAAGUCCUUCAGCUUCCAAAUGACCCCUCGUCAAAUGUUUCCUUUCCCAUUGUUUAAGAUUUUCCGGAUGUAUUAUGACACGAUAAUUAUUCCCGUACGACUGAUAAAAAUGGCAUAAUUGAAUUGUUAAGUUGUAAACAUUAUCCGAUUUUUGUUACCUUUUUGACGAUUUUUAUGUAGUAGAGUCACCCUGUUUUAGAUAUAUAUUAUGUAUUUUUGAAUUUCCUCAUCAUUUAUGACAAGGUAACUAUUCUCGUACGACUGAUAAAAAAUUGCAUAAUUGUAAACAUGACGGACUUUUUGUUACCAUUUUGACCACGACGAUUUUUGUUUAGUAAAGUCAUUCUAUUUUAUGUAAAAC